AUGGGAUGUACGCUGUCCAAGGAGGAGCGUGACGCCUUAGAACAGAGUCGUAAUAUUGACAAGAAACUGAAGGAGGAUGGCAUGCAAGCCGCCAAGGAUGUUAAACUUCUCCUCCUCGGUGCCGGCGAGUCAGGCAAGAGUACCAUUGUGAAACAGAUGAAAAUCAUUCACGAGGGUGGUUUCACUCAGGAAGACAACAAGCAGCACAAACCUGUUGUGUACAGCAACACAAUUCAGUCUAUGGCGGCUAUUUUGCGGGCGAUGAAUACCCUCGGCAUUCCAUUCGGCGAUCCUGUGCAGUGUCCCGAGGAUGCACGAGUUGUGAGCGACGUUAUUCAGGCAAUGCAAGACACCGAACCCUUCUCCGAGGAACUUCUUGAGGCCAUGAAACGACUUUGGGCUGAUUCUGGUGUUCAGCAGUGCUUUGUGCGGUCAAAUGAGUAUCAGCUCAACGAUUCUGCAAAGUACUUCCUCGAUGAUUUGGAUCGGUUGGGCGCGAAGGACUAUCGACCUACUGAACAGGACAUCCUGCGAACGCGAGUUAAAACGACUGGUAUAGUUGAAGUUCACUUCCAAUUUAAAAACAUGAAUUUCAAACUCUUUGAUGUGGGCGGUCAACGCUCGGAGCGGAAGAAGUGGAUCCACUGUUUCGAAGAUGUGACAGCAAUCAUUUUCUGUGUGGCCAUGAGUGAGUACGACCAGGUGUUGCACGAAGACGAGACCACCAACCGAAUGCAGGAGUCGUUGAAGCUGUUUGACUCGAUAUGCAACAACAAGUGGUUCACCGACACCAGCAUAAUCCUCUUCCUCAACAAGAAGGAUUUAUUUGCAGAGAAGAUUAAACGUUCACCUCUCACUGUCUGUUUCCCCGAGUAUCCGGGUAAACAGACCUACGAGGAGGCAGCAAUCUACAUUCAGGCCUCCUUUGAGGCGAAAAAUCGGUCGCAGAACAAGGAGAUCUACUGUCACCAGACAUGUGCCACCGAUACCAACAACAUCCAAUUUGUCUUUGAUGCUGUCACCGAUGUCAGUCUCUCACCUAGCCUAACAACACUAAUGCGACAACCGCCUCAUUCCCUCGCCCGCGAGUCCUACACGCUGCCACCAAUCGAAGCUGGCUUGACAUGUUCGUUUCUGUGCCCUAAUGGGUCGGACACCGCUACGCAGGCAUGGGCCUCUUUCUCCUUGCCGUCACGUCUGUUCACCGGCGAUUUCGUGUGCGCUGGGAUUUUGAACUGUUUUCUACUUUCUCAAAUGGGUUGUUUAUUGUCAAAGGAAGAUCGGGAGGCCCUAGAACAAAGCCGGAACAUCGAUAAGAAACUCAAGGAGGAUGGCAUACAAGCUGCUAAGGAUGUUAAAUUGCUUCUUUUGGGUGCGUUCUACAAUCCUGGGGCGUUAUUUGGUGCACAAAUCAAACUGGGCUUUGAGGCGAUUCGUUGGAAGUAUCCCACGAAAUUCUUUUACUCGCUCUGCUUUUCAGGUGCUGGUGAGUCGGGAAAAAGCACAAUUGUUAAGCAAAUGAGGAUUAUUCACGAGGGUGGCUUCACACAAGAAGACAACAAACAAUUUAAACCUGUGGUGUACAGCAAUACUAUCCAGUCGAUUGCCGCCAUUCUGCGCGCUAUGAACACUCUGGGUAUUCCCUACGGCGAUUCCAGGCAGUGUGUAAGCUUUCUUUUUUCACUGUCAUAG